AUGGAUGUCAAAAAACUACCAUCUUUUGGAUUCUUCCCAUAUCCAGCCAAAUAUCCCUCCGAAUCUAAAGAACUACUGCCAACAGAUGAUCCAAUUACCCUCAACACCUCGUCCUCAUGGACUUACUGCGGACCCCUCUUGACCCUUGAAGCAUGUAACCUGCCAUCCUCUUUUAACACCUGGGCAGAAGCCACAAUUAACGGCUCAAUACUACCCUCCUUAUUCUCCUUUCUGUUAUAUGUCCACGACUUCUUGACCAAAAACAACCAAUCCCACUACUGGCUCACAAUCCGAGCAAGUAUAGGCUCGGACGAGUUCGACACCCCACGAUGGCAUACAGACGAUUUAUUCUUCUCUCCCUCCCAAUCACCAAUAAAACAUGCAAGACAUGAAUCGCUCUUCUCGCCAAUCACUAAUCUACUCAAAUCCACCUGGGCAGGGCCAACAAAGUCACAGCCCCCAACCACAAUCUCACCCUCAAACCCCCAAGACGAGCAUGACCACCCACCCACAACCCCAACUGCCCAAAUCCCUUCUAUCAGCCCCACGCCCACAAACUGGAAACUCACAACAACCCUCCUAGGACCCGGAACCCUGUUCAUCCCACCCACAACAAAUCACCUAGCACGCGCUACGCAACAAGCCGCCAAAACCGCCGCCCGUGCCGCAAACCCAGACCACACUUGCGCCUCUGUGCGCUGUGUCGGCUGUGCCAUGGUGGCGGACUCGGUGCGAGCACAGCUAGCUGUUGAACUGGGUGGACAUGGGGUUGUGCAGGCGUCGGCAGGGGAGUGUGUGUUCUUCAGGGUGGGCGAGGACGAGGGCGCGGUGCAUUCUGAGCCACGAUCGCAUGGGGAUCGAGUUUUUGUUAAUGUUGUCCCUGGCCAUGAGGCAGAUCUCAGGGCGCUUAUGGCGAAAUGGGGGAUGGAGUAUCCGCGAGCUUGGUGUGUAGGGUUGCCAUUGGUUAUUGGAGAAGGGGAGGAGUGUCUAAGGGAUAUUGGGGGUGAGAUUUGA